AUGGCGGCCUCCCAAGCUGAAGCUGGGCCGAGCUUUGCUCCCAGCCUCUCUCUCCUGCCAGCCAAUGUCCUCACCAUCUUCCUCGCUCGCUUCCACGUCCGCCACGGCAACCAGAUCGAGUACCAGUACCCUCCGCCGCCCAAGGGCAGCACUGCCGACAACGCAAAGCUGAUCGACAUCGACGAAGGUCAAGCCCAGGUUCUUCACGAUGCGAACCACUCCGUCGAUCUCACCGGCGUCGAGUGGAAGGUGCUCCCCAGUGGCGGGCAUCUCGUCGACAAGGACGUCAUCUACUUUCAGACCUCCCACAAAGGCAGCACUGGCGUAGCGUGUUUCCGCAACAUCGCGCUCAGCGACAACGUUGCCGACGAGGAUGCUGCCAGACAGCGUGGAGCUCGCAUGGUGAGCGUAGGCCUCAUACUGCAGUGUGAAGGACACGCUGAACAGCAUGCAUCUUCGCUCGCACAGCAGCUCGCCAUCGUGCCCCACCUCUCGAACCUCGAGAAGCUCGCCGACGACCUUGCACUCGAUCCAAAAGACACCUCGUCGCUUCAGAGGUACUACGAGAUGCACAAGGCUCACACCGCCUCCACCAACAGCACCACGACUCCAACCAUGGACGGCAAGCGAAUGAAGCAGUUGCGCAUGCGCCGUCGUCGAGAUCCACGCAAUCUACCGCACGAUCCCAUCUCACACAUGUCAGCCCUGUGCGGCUCGCUCGGUGCGCUCCUCCCGCAUCUACUCAAAAAGCUCAUGCUGCCACGACAUCGAUUGCUCAUCUUCUCCCCCUCGCCGCCCAUCGUACACGCCGCCCACCUCGGAUACAACCUCGCCGACCUGGUUGCGCUCGGCAUCGCGAGGUCUGGCAAAAGGCACGAGAAUCUGCAGGCGUUCGCACGGCGCUGGAUUGUCCAGAUCAAAGGUCAGAUCGGCGUACAUGAUAUCACGGCUUUGGAAGACGAGGAGCGUCGUCGGAGCCAAAGUCCGGGACUGGAGCCAAGCUGGAUCGCGUGGUCGACGGACAAGAUUCUGUUGGACAAGCCGCACCUCUUCGACAGCGUGUUGGAUCUGACACCGCUCAUUUCGCGCGACUCGAACGGCGUGCUCGACGAGAUGUGUUUGGAGAGCGCUUCGACCAUGGCGAGGUUGUGGACUGUCGUACGUCCUUCCCCGUCGGCCGGUCGAGCGAAUGCAAAGGCACAACUGAAAGCGCAAAGCUGGACAACACGCGAGUUUGCGACGUUCAACGAGCUGGAUGCGCAAGCGCAGCGUCAUGCCGAGCGAGCGGAACGGCUCGGUGCCGGAGCCUGCAUCAGCCGUCGCAAGUCGAGGAACAAGCUGGUGCGGUCUACCACUCGUCGCUCGGAGGAGCAGCGGAAUGGCGACGUCGAAUACACGCACGAGCAGACGAGUGCGGUAUCGCAAUGGCGCGGUGGGUGUGCGCGAUCGCCCCGCCGCAGUGGAGCAGGGACGGUGAGUGCGGCGCUCGCCUUCCUGCGCUACUGGUUGGCGGGAUGGUGGUUCCUCCCCAGUCACUGGCGAUAUGGUCUUCCCGCAGCGUACGUUUUGCCGUUGGGAAUUCGGGGUGACGGCGGCGUGCGAGCGAGCAUCCUCGUCAUGCCCGAAGACGAGAGCGAUAGCGAAGUGUCCGAUCCGGAUCUGGAAGACGAUCGGGAGAUUGCUGCUGAGGACGAAGAGGAGGAAGAACGACGCAGUGCGCUCGCUAUCGAACCGGAGAUGCUGACGGAAUCGAUGCCCGUGACGGAGCAGACGAGCACCAACAGCUCGUCCGACACUUCGGGGCUCGACCUGCCCCACGCGCACCGUCACCACCACCUCGUACCGCCCGAUCCACUGCUCGCCGCGGUUGGAGCAAGCCACCUGCGCGGGGAGAGCGACCGCAUGUCGCACGCCUCGCUCCAUCGUCGUCGUUCCACCGAUCGAAGCCUCUACGCCCGCUCCUCCUCCGGCGACCACCCGCUCCUCGACGACGACGAGAACGAAACGCGUUUCCGCUCGAUCCUGUCCGGCUCGCUGUGGAUGGUCUGGUCGCACUGGACCAGCGCGCUGGUGUCCGGCCUGCUCGAUGUGCUCGAAGACCGACUGGCGGGGCUUGAGCAGGAGGACGAAACCGAGGCGCUGAUCACCAAGUUUCGCGCGGGUCUCGAGGUGAGCUUGGGUGCCAAGGACAUGGCUUCGCUGGGGUUGAGUGCGGGGAAUGCGUUGGAUGUGGCGUUGGUCGAGACGCUAGGUGGGCUGGUCUUGAACGCGUUGACCGAGACGCUGGGGGAGGGGGAGGCGAGAGUGUGCGUGGAUAAGGGGUGGUCGGUGUUCAGGUGGUUGUUGUGA